GCAGCGCUGCCUGUGUUGUUUAGCGGAGGGGGAGGCGCCGGAGACUGGAAGUGGCUUCAUCGACUCUUCAAGCCGGAGUUGGAACAGUUUUGCACGAAAACAAUCCAGUAUGGCGUCUGGCGAAACACUGUACAUAGAAACCGACGGCUCGGAAAUGCCGGCCGAGAUCGUCGAACUGCACGAAAUCGAAGUGGAGACCAUCGAGACGACGGUGGUCGGUGGAGACGACGACGAGCACCAGCCCAUGAUCGCUCUGCAGCCGCUGGUCACAGACGACCCGAACCAUCUCCACCACCAGGAGGUAAUUCUAGUGCAGACCCGAGAGGAGGUGGUGGGCUGCGACGACUCGGAGCUUCACGCCAACGACGGUUUCGAGGACCAGAUCCUCAUCCCCGUCCCGGUCCCGGCCGCGGAGGAGGAGUACAUCGAGCAGACGCUGGUGACCGUGGCCGGCGGUGGGAAGAACACGGGUCGCCUGAAGAAAGGAGGCGGGAGCGGGAAGAAAGUGGUCAAAAAGAGCUUUCUGGGCGCCGCGGACACCAGCGGGCGGAAAUGGGAGCAGAAGCAAGUGCAAAUAAAAACGCUGGAAGGGGAGUUUUCGGUUACUAUGUGGGCUUCGGAUGAUAAAAAGGACAUUGAUCAUGAGACUGUGGUGGAGGAGCAGAUCAUUGGGGAAAACUCCCCUCCAGACUACUCGGAGUACAUGACAGGCAAGAAGCUUCCACCUGGUGGAAUCCCUGGCAUUGACCUGUCAGACCCCAAACAGCUGGCAGAGUUUGCUCGGAUGAAACCACGAAAAAUGAAGGAAGAUGACUCUCCAAGGACAAUAGCAUGCCCACACAAAGGUUGUACAAAAAUGUUCCGAGACAACUCUGCGAUGAGGAAGCACUUGCACACCCAUGGACCACGUGUUCAUGUUUGUGCAGAGUGCGGGAAGGCGUUUGUUGAAAGCUCCAAGCUUAAAAGACACCAGUUGGUUCAUACUGGUGAAAAGCCUUUCCAGUGUACAUUUGAGGGAUGCGGCAAGCGCUUCUCACUGGACUUCAACUUGCGCACACAUGUGCGUAUUCACACUGGAGAUAGACCCUAUGUUUGUCCGUUUGACGGCUGUAAUAAGAAAUUUGCUCAGUCAACCAACCUGAAGUCUCACAUUUUGACACACGCUAAGGCUAAAAACAACCAGUGAGUGGACUAGAUGGAGGAACAUUUCAAAAAAGGACCCUGGACUGCACCACCCAAUGCUUUAAAACACCCUUUGUGUGUUGUUUGUAGAGGAUUUUUUUUGUAAGAGAGAGUAUCUACUGAUGUUUUAUCAAAGUAAGUAUUUGAAUGAUGAACUGACGCCCAACUAGCCCUUAUGACACUUGGUACAAACUGGACUUAAAUGUGUUGCUUCCAGAAAAUGUCUUCUUUUGAGGAUGUGCAUUUCUGGACCUUCAUCCACAGACAAGAUGUUAAUUCUCCAGAGCCCAAAGAAUCUAAUUUUUCAUCUGUGUAUCUGUUAUAUGUCCACAAAAAGAAAUAAUUGCUUUUUUAGUUGUCUACUAAGUGUGCAUAUUGUACACUUUUUAGACAUUACCUUUGUCUUGAAAUGUUUUUCCCUGAAAUUUGAUAUGUGAAUGCUCUUCUUCAAGGAGAAGGAGAUACUAUUGCAUCUUUUCCAGUUGUGAGAGGUAUCCUCCACAGGUAUCUCAUUUUGUAUAACUGUUCUGUACAAAUAUUUUGAAAUCAUGUAGAUAAUAGAGAUGUUAGAUUUGUGUUUAACCUAUUAAACCAAUUUUAUCCAA